AUGCGCCUCAGAUCUACGAACGCGGUUCUCCUCUGCGUCGCUGUCAAAUCCUUCGCCCAAGACUCGCCCGAGAAACUAUGCUACUACGACGAGGGCAAGCUAGCUCCCGCGGAAAUCAUGCCGUGUUUUGAAGGUGGCCCGGUCUCGUCAUGCUGCAUGGAGGGAAGCAAUUGCCUGGCCGACAAUGCUUGCUGGGACCCAGCGAGUGGAGCUACCUAUCAGUAUGGUUGUACCGAUUCGAGUUAUCAGGAUGACAAGUGCCCGAAGAAGUGCGGCUAUGAUACCGAGGCUUCUCACUGGAUAGGGCUCGUCUACUGCGAUGGCGAGGGCGAUACUGCCAGUAGCCGCACACCUAAUAAUACUUGGCUAUGCCAUCAUCCUGAGAAUUGUGGAGGCCCAAAAUUCUGUCCCAAGGAGACCGUAUGGCCUACUACGCCGACGAAGAUGCCUCCAAUCUCAUGCGCUCAGCUUCUGAACCCCAGCGCCACUGCCUUCUCAGACGGCAACCCAUUGGCGUCGAUCGUCGUGCUGCCCAAAGACCCUGACGGCGUAGCUAGCUACUUCUCAGCUCACGAUGUGCCGACCACAUCGAGCUCGCCCAUUACCUCGGUCACUUCGGCCGCCUCGACGACGCCAAAGACCUCAACUCCGUCCACUCUUGCGACUACCACGACUGGUCUAACCGCCUCCCCUUCGUCCCCCUUUCCUGUUUCGAGCGGCUCUGGGCCCAACAUUGGGCCCGACCCUCCAAACUCCGGACACUCAUCCGCUCUGAACAUCGGCCUGGGCGCCGGCAUCGGCAUCCCCGUCUUCUUCAUCAUCACAGGCCUUCUCAGCUUCUACGGCUGGCGCAAGCACAAGCAAGCCAAGCACGCCAAAUUAUCAUCGCCGCAAGACCCGCUAACCCCAACAACCGAUACCUACCCAGUCGGUGCAGCAGGCUCUGGUUUCACACGCAAGGCCGAGCUCGACAGCACGCCUAUCAACAGUCCUACUAUGACUACUAUGGGCUCUGGAGCUACAGAUAACGGGCACGGGGAAUCGGUGUAUGAGAUGGAGAGUCCGGAGACCUCGCCGCUGGCGCCUGUGCAUCGUGACUUUUCGUGGCCGCCGAAUGGAGAGAUCUAUGAGAUGGAGGGGGAUAUUCCGGCCAGGCCGACGCGGCAGGAGUUGCCCUCGCCUCAGCAGCCGAGGCGGGGAAUUGAUUAGAUCGGGUCUGGUUGAUGAAGAGAAAGGUGGUGAGGUGGUAUAUGGAUGAGCUGUACAGUACAAGCGGUCAGGGGGGAUUUUCCUACGACUGGGCGUCCUGUGUCGAUAUUUGGGCAUUUGCAUUAGGGAGAGGCGUCUGCUGGCUUGUCACGGAGGGGCUUUUUCUGUCGCCCAGUUCCUCGAUGACUCGUUGGGCAUUCGGUAAGUAUGAUACAUUUGCGGAUACUGAAUCAAACAUCAGAAGUAGGAU